GAAAGGAAUUAAAUGGCUAAUCAAUCUACUGUGACAGAGUUCCUUCUGAUGGGAUUCUCCAAUGAGCAUGAUGUACAGAUUUUACAUUCUGUGAUGUUUCUCUUUAUUUACAUAACAGCUGUAGUGGGAAAUGUUCUUAUCAUUACAGCUGUGGCCCUAGACCACCACCUUCACAGCCCCAUGUUCUUCUUUCUGGUCAACCUAUCAGUGUCAGAUAUUUGCUACAUCUCUACUACUGUUCCCAAGACCAUAGCCGUAUCACUGACAAACAACAAUGUGAUAUCUUUUCCUGGAUGUGUCACACAAGUCUUCUUAGUUGUCACGUUUGUUGGUGUUGAGAUUGCCUUGCUCACUGUCAUGGCUUAUGACCGUUAUGUAGCGAUCUGCCAUCCUCUACAAUAUAGGCUAAUCAUGAACUGGGAUGCCUGCAUUCAAAUGGCAGCUGCUUCCUGGAUAAGUGCCAUGGUUCAUGCAAUCCUGGAGACCACUAUGACAUUUAGACUGAGCUUCUGUGGGUCCAAUAUUGUUGGACAGUUUUUCUGCAAUAUUCCUCAGUUACAAAAGAUUUCUUGCAGUGAUACAAAAAUUAAUGAAAUUUUGGUUUUUGUCCUUGCGUUCACUGUGAACUUACUUUGUAUUUCAAUCAUAUUAGCUUCCUAUGUCUACAUCUUCUCAGUUGUGAUGAGGAUUCCAUCUGUUCAAGCCAGACAUAAAGCUUUAUCUACCUGCACUCCCCACCUGACUGUCUUUUCUUUAUUCAUAAUCACAGCUUUCUUUUCAUACUUGAGGGCUAAAUCACUUUCCUCCCCCACAGUGGACUUGGUUUCUGCUGUAUUGUAUACAGUUCUGCCACCAGUUCUGAAUCCCAUCAUUUACAGCUUCAGGAACAAGGACAUACAGACUGCAGUGUGGAUAAUACCUCAAAAGUUUAAAAGUCUCAUUGCAUAA